AUGACUGACGGACCAGGUGAGGGUGCACAUCACACCCUCCUGAAGCCUACCUUUCCUGCAUCCGUCGUGCAACUCAGCGGAGCGCAGAAGUCGGGAACAAUGGCUGCUGCAGGGUGGCUGGAUGUGACCAUAAUGAGUGCGAGGGAUCUCAAGGACACAGAGAUCUUUGGCAUGCAAGAUCCGUAUGCGGUUCUGACGUACGGUCAACAGACUCACCGCACCAAGACCCACAAAGAUGGACACACGUCGCCCGUGUGGAACACGACCUUCCGUUUGAACGUUAUCCAUGGCGUCGACGAGGCUCACUUUGCGGUCUGGAACGAAAACAGGAAGGCGGAUGACAAGAUUGGGACUUGCAAGGUGAACAUCCGACAGGCCUUCAGCUAUCCUGUGUGGGACACGUGGCAUCCUCUCUUCACUCCCAAGGGCAGGCAGCAGGGGAGUCUUCGUCUCGCUAUGAAGUAUUACCCGCCUCUCGGUGCUCCUGGCGCCCCUGCAGCAGCUGCAGCAGCCGCCUCCUCCCACUCCGCCCCUCCCCCUCAGGGGUACCCCCAGCAGCACGCCCCUCCCCCUGCGGGUCACGCCCCUCCCCCUGCCGGCCAUGCUCCCCCACCAUCCGGUUACCCCGGUUACCCUCCCCAAGGCGGUUACCCUGGCGCUGCUCCCGCCGCCUAUGGCGCCCCUCCCCCUGGCGGACAUGCCCCUGCCCCCUAUGGCGCUCCCCCUCCUGGCGGACACGCCCCUGCCCCUUAUGGCGCACCCCCCCCUGGCGGACACGCCCCUGCACCCUAUGGCGCCCCUCCCCCUCAAGGCUACCCGCCUGCUGGGCAUGCGCCCGCCCCCUAUGGCGCUCCCCCUCACGGUUACCCUCCCCAGGGCUACCCGCCCCAGGGUUACCCUGGGUAUGGUGCUCCUCCGCCCGCCCAUGGGGGGCAUGCGCCUCAUCAGGUGCAUCAUGCUCCCAAACCAGCUGUCGUGGUGGUUCAUGGCCAUGGCCACCACCACCACCAUCACAAGCGCAAGUUCAAGGGCUUCCUGGGUAAGCGGAAGGGGUUCUUCGGUAAGAGAAAGGGGUUCUUGGGGAAGCGGAAGGGCUUUUUUAAAGGCAAGGGCUUUUUCUAG